CGGCCGCGGCGGGCCCUCAGCGUGUCGUUCGCUUACGGGGGAACCAAGAAGAGCAGAGGCCAGCAAGGGUCACGGCGGAGGUGGCUGAAGGCAGCGUUCCUCCUCUCCUCUGCUGCCGUCGGUGGCCUCCUGAGCUGGAGCUACCUGAGUGCCGAGGAUGGGGUCACGGAGGUGCUGGCCCAUCGCAGUGAGAGCCUGCAGGACAAGUUCAUUGAGGUCCCCUGCUCUGAGGACUACGACAGCCACAAAAGGUUUGAAGGGUGCACUCCUAGAAAGUGUGGAAGAGGUGUGACUGAUGCGGUAAUCACAAGGGAAGAAGCUGAAAGAAUCCGUAGAAUAGCAGAGAGGGGACUGUCCUUGGGAGGAUCUGAUGGAGGGGCAUCAAUUUUGGACUUGCACUCUGGAGCUCUUUCACUGGGGAAGCAUUUUGUUAAUCUGUACAGGUACUUUGGGGACAAAAUUCAAGACAUCUUCACAGAAGAGGAUUUUGCAUUAUAUCGUGAUGUAAGACUGAGAAUUCAACAAAGGAUUGCUCAGGCGUUUGGUAUCAGCUCUGCUUCCAUGUACCUGACUAAACCAACCUUCUUCUCGAGAAUAAACAACACAGAAGCUAAGACAACGCACGAUGAAUACUGGCACCCACAUGUUGACAAGAUAACUUAUGGCUCUUUUGACUAUACUUCACUGCUCUAUCUCUCUGACUACACUGAAGACUUUGGUGGUGGGCGGUUUGUCUUCAUGGAUGCAAGUUCCAACAAGACAAUCGAGCCCCGAGCAGGACGGGUUUCCUUUUUCACCUCUGGAUCGGAGAACCUUCAUCGGGUGGAAAAGGUUCACUGGGGCACUCGCUAUGCCAUCACCAUUUCCUUCACCUGCAACCCAGACCAUGGCAUUGGGGAUCCAGUUUUGAUGUAA